UUUCCGUGCGUGCGCGAGGGGAAGGGAAGGAAAGGAAGGGAGCAGCAGGCCAAGGCAAGCGUCCAAAGCGGCGGGCCUUUGCUUUGGUUUGCCCUGAUGGGGAAGUACAUGAGGAAGCGCACGGGGAGGGCGCCGGCCGGGGAGCUCGCGCAGGUGGUGGUCGGCGUCCGGACGCGGUCCCGCUCCGCGGCCUUCGCGAGCGCGGCGGCGGCACCGGCGCCCAAGAGGCCGAGGAAGCAGGCGGCAGCGCGCGCGGAGGUGGAGGUGGGGGCGGUGACGGGCCGAGGCGACGGCGGCUGCGCGGCGGCGGCAGGGUGCUACCUGCAGCUGCGGAGCAGGAGGCUGUUCAUGGCCGCCGCGGCAGCCGAGGUGCGGCGUUCGGUGCCGGCAGAGGAGAAGGCGGCGCUUCCUGGGACGACACAGUAUGGAGCUACCGGGGAGCCUGUGGUGGUGGUCACCGGGAUGUCGAGGUGCUCCAGCACGGCGUCGUCGGUGGACGUCGUUGUGGCGGCGGCUAGGGAGAGGAGCGAUGGCGCAGCGGAGGUACAGGCACGCGAGGACCCCGACGUCGAGAGCUCCGUCAGCGACUCGGCCGGGUGCGGGCGCGAGAGGAGGGAGGCGACGCCGUCGAGCCGGCCGCCGGUAGAUCUCAGCGACGAGGAGUCGAGUCAAACGGCGGACGACCAAAAACACCACCGUCGGAUGUCUUUGAACGCUGCGACGGCCGCGGUGGCUUGCAGGGCAAGGAUGCCGGCAGAGGAGGAGAUGGAGGACUUCUUCGCGUCCGCGGAGAAGGCCGAGGCGGAACGCUUCGCGGCCAAGUACAACUUCGACGUCGCCCGCGGCCUCCCGCUCGACUCCGGCGGCCGGUUCGAGUGGACCACGGUGGCCGCCAGCGGCUGAAUGACGACGUACAAGGCGGCCGGAAAAAGCGUAAAGCGGGUCGGCAGCCGAAAAGCGUCGGCGGCGGCGCAGAAAGCGAGGGCCCUGCGGCGUGCAGUGGGGCGAAAGAGAUCGGACGCCGCAAGCUCCAAAGAGGAAACAGUACAGAAAACCAGCAGAGCAGAGAGACACCAGUAAAAAGACGAGCAUUUUCGCUUUGGCAGUAGUAGCUCCUAUUCUCUCCAUUCGCCAUCCGGCUUGAAUUGUUUGUGGUGUUCAAAAUUCUUCGUAGUUCCUGCCUGUAGGAUCUGGAUUUGUGUAGCCCGUUGCGACACUGCGAGUGGCGUAAUUGUAACUCCUGUUUUCUGUUUCCGGUUGGUGUCAUCGGGACAGACGGCAUUCAAUGUACAGUACCACAGCAGCUCUCAGCAGACGCUGCAGCUGCUGCGACAGUUAACCACCGUCACAUUGUUUAGCUGACGACACCUCA